CGCAAGCGAUCGCAGACCUUGCGCGCGGCAAUCCCGUAGAUCCACUCUUGAAACACAACGCCCCCCAACACUUAAGCCGGCCGGCUAACUGCAAAGUCCCACCGUCAUCACCAUGGCCGUUGUCCUGGAUACUUGGUCGCACCGGGGAGCCGAACGCCUGUGGGAAAAAGAGGAGGAGGACGAGGACAGCCCCCAGGAGGAUGCCAUGAACAACCAUGCGUCCACGAAGAUCGAUGGGGGCCGACGGGCUGUCCGCCGCAGCAACCCCAGGAAGGAAAAAGCAGGCAGCAGCAGCGGCAGCUCUGGCAAAGGCGGGGACCCCUUUCGGUUCGAAGGGGAGGGGCUCCUGUUUCGAGCCAAGCUCAUUGGGAGCCAGCCGGUGCCUGAGGCUCGAGGCGACCGCAUGUGCCAAGAUGCCAUGACACGACUCAAAAUGGUUGUGCGUUCAUCUGGGGAGCACAAGCAAAGGGUUCAGCUGACGGUCUCUCUCCAAGGGAUCAAGAUUCGCGAUGACAAAACUGGGGAGCUGGUGUUCCACCACCCCGUGCACCGUAUUUCGUUCAUCUCGCAAGACGCCAGUGACGCUCGGGCCUUUGGCUAUGUCUGCAUGACACAAGAUGGCUGUCACCGGUUCAUUGGCAUCAAGACCGAGAAGGCAGCGUCCCAGCUGGUGGUGGCGCUGCGUGACCUCUUCCAGGUGGUGCUGGAGAUGAAGCAGCACGAGCUGCGCCAGGCACAGCUAGAGCAGCGGCAGCAGCUGCAGGAAUGGAAGCCCCCCACGGACUUCAACAAUCGCGGGGAGGCACAGGAGGUGAUCUGUAGCCCGCAGGCUGAGAGCUGUGGUGAGCCCACCUCCUCUGCGGACAACAAGACUCCCACGGUGGACGACCUCCUCGACUUACAGUCUGAGCUGGACUCUCUACAAGAAGGUAUCCAGCAGAUGGAGACGACGAUAGCCGCCGCGGCCACGCUGGUAUCACCCGACCCGUUCGACACGUCCUUCAUUGUCGACCCUAGGCAGCAGCAGCAGUAUCACCACCAUCCCGGCUCCCGUGCCUUCCUUUCUGAGCCAGCAACACCCGUGGGGCCACCUCCGCCUCUGUUGCCACCGCCGCCUCCGACUGCGCGCGCCUCACAGUCCACCGCCAUUGCAGGGACAGCGCAGCAGCAGCACCGUGCCGUGCCGCCGCCGCGGACCCUGCCAUUUGGUGCCCCACCCACGGUCACGGCCUCCCUACCCCCGACUCCGCUACCCGACCUGUUCGCCGAUCUGGACCCCUUAUCAGAAGGCAGCGGGAAGAGUGGCAGGCAUCGCCACGUUGCCUUUGGCGAGCUCAAGAGCCCUCUUGACCCGUUGGCCGAAGAUGGCGGCAGCAGGCAGCACUCUGCGUUCAAUGAACUUCAGAGCCCGUUCGACUCCUUGGCUGAAGGCAUCAGCAGAAACCACUACGCCAGCAUCGGAGAGCUUAAGAGUCCGUUGAACUCUUCAGCCGAAGGCAUUGGCAGGAACCAGUACGCCAGCAUCGGAGAGCUCAAGAGUCCAUUGAACUCCUCGUCCGAGGGCGUCAGCAGGCACAACAGCACGACCGUCGAUGGUCCCUUGGACCCCUUCGCCAACAUUGUCGGCAAGCCUGCCAACCACGUCACCUUUGGAGAGACUAACAGCCCCUUCAACUCCCUGGCCGACGGCGUCGGCAAGCCCAAAACUAGCUCCGGCGAACUGAAGAGUCCCCUGAGCCCUCCGUCGUCUAAGGGCCUUGGCAGGAAUUUCAGAAGCCCUCCCAGGAAGCCGCCCGCUCAGCUCACCAGCGUGGUCAGUGGCUGGCAGACAUUCGAAGAGGAGGAAGAAGACGACGGUCCUCCUCCGCCAGCCUUCCCGCCCCCACCUCCGCCGCUGGCAGUUCCACCGCUGGACGAGGGCUUUUGCAGCGGCAGUAACGCGUCUUCCGUGUCACCGAUCCGGCCGGCAAAGGCGGCCUCGUCCUCCACUUCGUCGGGCAGCAGCAACCUCUUCAGCCGCUGCGGGGCGCAGGACCCAUUCGCCGACGAGUUCUUUGCGGCGCCUGCUUCUUCCAGCAACCAGGACUGCUCUUCCAAUGGAAGCCAAUCCAGGCCAGCCCUUCUGCCCGGCCUCUCAAGCAGCUCGCCGUGGCCCGUAUCGCCGCAGACGGCGUUCUUUGGUCGCUGACCGAUGGGCACCAGCCGACGGCCCGGCCUGUAAAUCGUGCGCAGGUGGCAACCUCGUCCAAACUGCUGCGCUCCGCAGCUUCAAGCGCCAAAACGAUGCUUCCCCAUUCGUCACCUUUCUACCGGAAAAAGAAAAAGCCUAAUUUUCUCCGCUUUGUCGUCGGCCCAAAGAACUGUUUUUCCAGACUAGCAUACAAAAAGGGGGGUGGCCACCCAGUUCGACCCUGCUCUCUGUAUUUUGCAAACCCAGGCCGUGGUUGUGCUUGCACGGUGUGCAGGGAAAGAGAAAAAGGAACAGUAGUGUUGCCGAAGCCGGGUUAAGAAAAAAGGCCCGCUUGGCAUUGUUGCCGAGUUCUCGAGGUGUUAACCACCCCGGACAGUUCCUGGUGCUUUCUUGCUCGGUGUUUCGCCCCGGAGUUUUGUUUUCCGCGCGAAAGCUUCAUCGGCUCGCGGUGAAGUGAGGGGUAGCGACUGGGGCACCUCACCGGCGUCUCGUCGGGCUUGAGACGCUCGCGGAAGUUGCCACGUGCAGAAUCAAAUGCUCACAACACACUGCUCUGCGUUUUGCUGCCGCGUCUGCAGCGGAGGAUUGGUGGACCUAGGCCAAAUGUAAAUCACUAUUUUAUACACUGUUCCCGCAAAACUUUGGCUGCACCGGCAGCGGCAGUGUGUUUUCGGGAGUACUCCACAACGGCUUUUGGCCAUUUGUCAAAACGAGAGAGUUUAUAAGUAUGUUGAACUUGUGUUUCUGUUUUUGGGUCGUGAGCGUGUAUUGUUUUUUUUUUAGUUGUAUGUCGUUGCGGCGGGUUAACCUGCUGUGGAAUGUUUGAACGACCGAGGCCAAUGUCCUUAAAGCCUUCCAACUUGGCACAUGCGUGCUAAAAAUGUUUCGGAGUCACAAAUUUCGCCCCGAAUGGAGCUCAACUACGUUAACGGUGUCCGUGUUUCCGCGCAACUCCCUGCGAAAGCGUGUUGUGCGGUUACUGUUGUUCUGGCUCGGCCUGAUCGUUGGUGCGUCACCGUUUGCUGUCUGGUUUAAUGUAAAGCGCCAAGAAUGGUUCUGAAACGUACUGCGGAGGAAUCACCGUCGAGUUGGCCGGGUUUGUUGAGGUUUUGGUUUUGGCAGCAUACUAAUUGUUUCCUAGAAGCUCUCGCUGAUAGCUUGAAGCGAAUGCUACAGUGGGUUGAAGCUUUACUUUGUGCAAUGGGCAGCAUUUGCCCGCUGAAUUCCAGUUGCAACGCUAUUGCAGCACUUUUGUUACUUCUCGGCCUACAAUGUAAGAUUUGUCGGCUUGUUUUGUGUGUGUUUGUGUGCUUUUUUUUUUGUUGACAUUUGCCUCUUUUGAGUGGCUUCGUAGUUUAUCUAUGUACGUGGUUCUGCAGCAGCUGCUUGGUUUUGCUUGUGAGAUCUGAGAGGAAUUGAGCACAAAGUGUUACCACAUGUGUAAUGGAUAUUUACCACGUGUAGGGGAUAUGCGUACCGUACCAUACCAUACCGGUACCGGGUGCGUUUGCAUGUUGCAAGGCAAAGGUGGCAUGUUUGAGCACAAGUCGGUGCUGGCAGCCUCGAAAUGUCACGGUUGCGAAAGUUUAUACAUAAUGAUAUUUACCCGACACUUUUACUGAAUCUCAGUAGGUACUAUGGAAAUGGUGUGUGUGCGUGUGUUUAGGCAGUGAGUAGCAUUGGUCAGGCACACCGAAAAUAAAACUGGAGCAAGGGGGCAUCUCGCAACGUUUUGGCUUCGUGCUAGACUCUUUUUUGCGAAGCCUUCGGUUGACGGUAAUCUGUGCUUCUGUGCAUGUUACUCCUAGCUCCCAUGCCAGAUCUGGGAGAAAGAAUAAUCUAAACACUGUGCAUAACUGUGCAUACAAAUGAAUGUCCUCAUAAGUGAUUGCGGUAACCUUUUUUCUUUGUUGACGCAGCACGUUUGCUGACAGUAGGCACCUAAAUCUGGUAAUAAACAGUAAACACCAUUAAAGUGCCAAUUCUUUGUGACAUUUGUGUGUAGUAAGUUGAUAGAGCAAUCUAUAAUUUUCCGUUGCCCAGUAUUCGGUGCAGUUUGAAUUCAUACAUGUUUUUAGCCUCUAACUUGCAUAUUUUGGUGUAGGUUAGUUGGUGUGACAUUACAGCACUUCAUUUUUUUGCCUAGUAUAUCAUUGCUAUUCUGCUAAACGAGAAGUACGCUUUCUCAAAGCAAAUCUUCACUUGUGUAAAACUUUUGAGUUCAACACAUCUUCGUGCCAUUAGGAGUAGCUGCAUCACCAAAAAUGCGGCGCUGCGUUUGCAACAUUCGUCUCUGCAAUGCAACAGUUGUCGCUUUUUAUUAAACGGCACUGUGAUGUAGAGUUGACAGCGAAACUUUAAGGGACCACACGAAUGUGCGUGAAGUGUCUCCGUGUCUUUAUCAGCACGACAUUGCACACGUGCAUUGUGAUUGCAGGCUUGUUGAUACCAAGCCUCCUUAAAGCUCCCAUCUCUGCAUCGUGGGUCGUGCGGGGCACAUACAUACAAUUCGGCAUGCACUUACACGUUCCUUAAACUUAUGCCACCGACUGUACAAAAUUGAAUGCAGUUUGUAGCUGUGGUGCAUGCUAACCAGGAUAAACACAGAGUGAACCAUGCUGUCCACGUCGUCGUUUUUGAAAGAGGGCGUGCCAACGUUUACAAGAUCGUUUUAUUUUCACGCCGCGAAACUUCAAGCUGGUGAUCGACACAGCUUUAUCACUAGCAGGAGGGUACUGAAUUGGACUGAUUGGCGCAUAACGAAGUGGAACAAACAGUGUAACAGAGGGAAGUGAUAAGGACAACAGACACUGUGCUGCUUCACAUAGACAAAUUUUUAAACAUUUGUUUCGUUUGCCCCUAGAUUAGGGAUGCAUCAACAGCCUUAGCUUUCUCUCAAUAACUAGUCUAAUCACACUGUGACAGUGGUCCUGGCACAGCUUUUGUAAAAAUUUAACCAAACGGGGACGAGACUGCCACAUUGUGCUAAAUGUGCAAACACCAAUGUUGCCAAUGCCAAAGCACCACGGAGCCAUCCAAGACUUGUCCAUCGAUAGCCUUUUGACCAGAUACCCUUGGGGUAGACAGCCGUAGCUGUGCACAGCACUCACGAGUCUUUGACCUCUCCGUGAGCGUGCCCACCCGUAGGAACAGAGUUCUCUUGAACUUGUGAAAAGUUUACCGCGCCCAGCGUAGGAUAGGAAAAGAAAAGAUUGUCGAAUCCGGUAUCUCGGAUUGCGGCUUUUGUAGCUAAAGGUCUUGGAGAAGCAACACAGGGACCAGGCAAAGUGUGGACGUGGUUUCAGUACGCCGAUGCACCUCCGGUGUGCUCGAUUUGAAGGUUUCGAGUGUGUACUGAUAUUGCAAUUACAAAACUGGACCGGUUAACACGUUGGUUAUCAUCAGUGCCACAUCCAUCGCUCUAUUGGAACUCACGAAUAUCUGAAAUAUAUCCAGGGUAUCACCAUUAUUUUAAUGCAAACACUAGGCGUUGCAUAUGCGCUGUAGAUGAAUGCAGCUUUUCCAGCCAAAACGCUCGCCGAUUUCUGCUCGGAUUUCGCACAGAGUUUUCGUAUGACAGUCAGUUCAGUUUGACGCCACAUUUCCGAGCAUUACGUGCCUGUUUUGCUCACAAUAAAGCAGAAGCGGGCAUAAUUUGAAAUGAUUCGAUUAAAAGAACCGCUGAUUUUGUAGCAGUGGAAUUGUGAGGCCAUCUGUCGCAAGUGGAACGGUGCAUUCCAUCGUAGCAGUGACACACAGUGCAGCAACGUUUGCAGCAAAAGUGGCAGUUUAGUGCACCAAACUGCCAUUUUUAUUUCACUCUCAUCACUGAAGUGCAUCUACACUGCAGCUUUAUGGCAAACAGUCAAGCAGUGAGUACAAUUGUGGUGUGAAGCUGAACUCGCUGUGAAAUUCUAAGUCUUUGCGAAACUCGAGUGAUCCGGCGAUCUAAGUGACAGUCGCGUCGUACCUGGCACAUUUUCUUAUGCAACGCUCGGGACGUCAUCAGGAAUACUCGACUCGUACUAUUUUUGUGUCCGUUAGGGGAGUAAAAAUUUGUACAAAGUACUCGAAGGUUGUCUUGCAGGUUUCAUUUGCCACCCAAGGUGGCGUUCUUUUAGCGGUGGAAGUAAAUAGAAUUAAAAAAGUGAUUGUUGUUGCCAUCUUGGUGGGCUAGCCGGUAACAUAGCACUAGGCACUUCUUUGCCAGUCCUUGUGUGAUGCGCCUCUGUAGCCACGCUUUGUUAGUUAGGUUAGGUUAGGUAAGCUUGCAGCCUCCCAUAUGCAUAGUCUUGUUUGGAGACCCACAUUGAGAUGUUACCUCGGUUACGCGCCAGCGCCGUAGAGUCCAAAGUGACACACGUCCUGUAAUGAAGAAAAAUGUGAUACGGUGUAUUGUUUUGCAUGCAGAAAGGAAAUGUGCAUGCAGAAUGAUGCGUCAGCGUCUCUAACGCUGUGCAUUGAUGCUGUGCACUGACGCUACGGUACUGACGUGUCAGUGUCACAGAUGUAGCGUCCAAAGUGACAUACGUCCUCUGACCAAAGGAAGUCCGCUGUGACACAGCGUACUCUUCUGUGGGGUUGUUGUGCUGAAAAUGGCAGCCUAGCGUGACGGCCCACUUUAUUGUGACGGUUGUCAGGCGCCUAACUUUUUUGGCGUGCUCGUUACAAACUUGAGUCAGUGCAAUACUUGCGUUAAGGCAACUUGUUGGGGCAUGCUUGUAGAGUGUGGUGAUAUUUGUUUCGGGUGGAUGGAAAAUCUGCACAUUGUAACAAGCCUGAAAGUAAGUGGCAGUGAGCGUUUUGUUUCAAAAUGUCUGCAUAACCUGUCUAAAAUAGACCCAAUGUAUUGUGAAAUUUUUUUCAAAAGUUGCGAUUCGUUCAUGCUGUAACGACCUACAAUCUCUGUGAUAGUAGUGGCAGGCAGAUGCCGCAGCCAAUGACAAGAGGGCAAGAAUGGCGAGAUUCAAAUAGAACUUGUAUAACAUUGUCGUUUUGUCAUGAUAAAAUAUGUACCUCUGAAAAUGAGAAAAAAAAAUUGCUUUCCCAGUUAUGCCCUUCCAAAGUGAACACGCAUCAUGUCGGAGUGUGACUUGUAUUGGCUAUUACGUACAUAAUAGAAAAGCCUAUCGCCAAAGCUUUAACGAGAUUAGGCCUAGAGGGGUCAGUUAUCAUUCUGCCUUACAUAUUGCAAGGUCUGAGAUGUCUCGUAGGCUAUUGGAAGCAUACAUCAUUCCAGAACAAACAUUUCUCAAUCGGAAGUUAAUGUUGGGGCUGAUGAUGAGCUGUUAAUGAAGUUCUGAUUCUCUUCUUAAAGUUUGUAGGGAAGCAAGGGUUUGCUUCAACCAACAAAGAACGAUAAUUGUUUAUAAAUGUGUUAUCAAUACUUUUGUGCAUGACACUAGUUUAAAAUUACGUGCUAGUAUCAGCAUUGGUCAUCCGCAUGGGCAAUCCCUUAUCUUGCUGAGACAUACGCCUGGUUAUAUUUUCAGAUUGGCUGACGCAACCGUAUAACUUCAUCGUGCUGCAUAAACUUGUGAACUUUAUAAUAUGCGUGUUCUGACUUGUGGCCAUAUCAAGUUGGUUAACCUUUGUUCGCUGCUUUCAUUGUAGAAAAAAAGAACGUUGGACUCUCAUGCCUCUGCAGUGAGUGUGUGCCCUGAAAAAGUUGUGGUGAGAUGUUAUCUAUUAGUUCUGUAGAUAAGCGAUGACUGUUUCAGAGUGUGUUUCGGCUCGUCGUCGUAGGGCUGUGCCCAUGACGUCGGCCAGUUGUGUCUGUGUCAGAUGCUUGGAGAGAUAGGGGUUCUCUCCGUGGUGUAUAGUCUCGGAUAUUGGGUGUCUUCAUCAGGGCUGGUCCUUUUUUCCGAUUUUGUUGCGCAGACACCGGACGUCUUGUUCUUUCAACACUUGUGAAGGCGCUUGACUGUUAGAAAGGGAUGGGUGGGUACGUUGUAUUGUUUAGUGUCGGGGCCGUCUCUAACACGAGCCGUGCUCCAAUUGCAAGCGCGAGCUGGAGAGGUGUACUCAGUGUGGGUCUUCAAAAAUAUCGACAAGCCAUGUGUACAAUACUCAUGGAUUGAAAUGUGAACGUUUAGGGCUAAGUAAUGUGCAUACUUUCGUUUACAGCAUGUAGAGUUCGUGUCGUGUUGGCUUAAUUUUGACUGUAACACUUACACCAGAGCCAAGGUUGCCCUUAGCAGCCAGAUUUGCAGUGACAUGAUGUGGUUAUUUAUCGUGAGCAGUUGUUCAUGAGCACUGUGCUCAUAGAAUGCGAGAAGAUAUGAUGUCACAUUCAAUCCAUGCGUACUGUGCUUCCUUUUGUGACCACAAGUAGGACGACGAAGUUUUUCCGCCUCGUUUUUUCUCUGUGGCCUGACCCACGGGACUUUGGUACGCUUCUUGUAUUCGGCAUCUUUUGAGAGGAGUGUCCCAAAUGUCGUGGUUGAGUCAGCAGGCCGUAGUGGGUCACAUAUUAGCCCGCACUUCACCCGAAGCCAAAUGCGAUGUUACCGCCCCCACCCCCCACUUCUUGGGAAAAUAUUGCGCCAAACCUCUAGGUGUAAGCCUUUUGAAACGUACCGUAUUUGCACGGUUCUGGCAUGCACUCGAUUGUAACGCAUAGGUUGUAACGCAUAGGUUGUAAUGCAGGCAUAGGACCCGGUUAAGGUGCUCGACUGCUGACCUGCAAGCCGAGGGAUCGAAUCCCGGCCGCGGCAGCUGCAUUUUCGAUGGGGGCGAAAAUGCUAGAGGCCCGUGUACUUAGAUUUAGGUGCACGUUAAAGAACCCCAGGUGGUCAAAAUUUCAGGAGCCCUCCACUACGGUGUCUCUCAUAAAGAUAUCGUGGUUUUGAGACGUUAAACCCCAAUGGUUAUUAACGCAGGCAUAGGUUGUAACACAUAAGUACAAUGGGUGCACUGGUGGAAUCACACUUGUCUAAAGCGGCCAGUCGCCCCGCCACGGUGGUCUAGUGGUUAUGGCGCUCGACUGGUGACCCGAAGGUCGCGGGAUCGAAUCCCGGCCGCGGCGGCUGCAUUUUCGAUGGAGGCGAAAAUGUGUGAGGCUCGUGUACUUAGAUUUAGGUGCACGUUAAAGAACCCCAGGUGGUCGAAAUUUCCGGAGCCCUCCACUACGGCGUCUCUCAUAAUCAAAUCGUGGUUUUGGGACGUUAAACCCCAGAUAUCAUCAUCAUCAUCAAAGCGGCCAGUCGGCUGCUUCAGCCACAGUGUUUUGCAAAAGUAUGCAGAGACCAAUGCCGUAACGAUACCAAACAUACUCGUACCGCAUGCUGUGGCCUUACGUUAUAAUUCAAGCAUGAAUGGAAGCUUGUAGAUAUAGCGCAAAGUAGCAGCUGCGGACGGUGCCAGCAUCCACAGCCACACACUCGGACCGGUCUAGACAAGUGUGAUUCUGACUGUAACGCAUCGAUUGUACAUUGGGAGAGCUGAAAAAAAAAAAAAGACUCGAUGCCAAUUUGCUUUAAAGCCAGACUAACACACACAAAUUUUGAGAGCUACAUUUAGCGAAAAAAAGUGCGCAUUAGAAUCGUGGAGACGCGGUAUUACUCACUCAUGCCAAACUGCAUCGUGGAUUUUUGUCUCUGAGACAUCCAGCUCAUGUGUAGUAACAGCGCAAAAAAGCGGAUGAGGCAAAUAAGUUUACAGGACGAGCACUUGACCUCCUGCACUCAUCCAACAGUGCUUGCCCUCUAGGUUUCGUUUCAUUUGCCUUGUCUGUUCUUGCGCUGUUAUGAACAUAUGCCGACUAGCGUGUGUCUGAAUGCUUCUACAGUACAUUAGAGCGGUGCAGUGCCCUGUAGGUUUGUUCUUGCGUCGUUUAUAAAAGGUUACAACACCGUAUCGAUCGUGUAAGCAAGUCUGCACUUGACUGCCAAUCCCUGGUGCGCGCCAAGUCAUGACUUGACAACGACUUUUACAACAUACGUGUUACGACACAGCGUAGCAGAGAUUGUAAAAUGGACACAUUGUGGAAAAAGGUUUCGCGCGCACAUCUCGCCACACAUGUGCCUGCAAGGCAGCCAUGUUAACACCUCAGAAGCUAAUUUUUUUUCGAAAGAACUGCUAUGAUGUGUUGUGCUUUAAUGGCUUAGUUGGAUCACUGAAAUAUGCCUAAAAAUGGUAUUACAGAAGUAAAAAAUCCUGUCUUUAUUUCUCCGAGGUUCAUUCAGAAAGUUUUAAGUUAAUCUGUAUGCGAUGAACCACCAUGACCGACAAUGCCAGCCAAUGCAACAUCCAGUGACUACAUGCACGUGUAAUGACUAUGGCUAUGACAGUGACUGGCUGGUGAUUAUGCUCUAACCGAUGUUGCUAUGGCUUGGAACAGCUCCACUGACUCCUUUGCAUUGUGUGCUGGAAGAUUGUUUUCUCAAAAUACAAACCGCACACUUAAUCUCUAUGGGAGAUAUGUAUGCUGUUUGCGUCAAAAGUUUGUGGAGUGAUGGCUGUUAGAUAAGUCCAUACAGAAUUUGCAAAAUUGGUCAUACACAUCAGUACACUGUACAAAGUGCUGGAGUGAACAUUACGGGGUCAAAAAAAAAUUUUGUCAGUCAAAGGGUUAGCCUUGCCUUUAAUAUCUUAGUGACUUCCUUCAUUGUCUUCCCUGUUUAAAAAUGGAUUGUGCAAAGAUAUGGAUGAGCUAAUAUGUGACGAGAGUGAAAAGAUUUGGGUGGGAGUGGGGGGGUGGAGGCUUAAUGUGACGUUUGUGCGCGUUUGGCUUCGGGCGGUACCGAUUUUUUUGCUGCAACAUAGCCGUGUAAUCGUGCAUGUUAAUUUGUUGAACCCCGUUUUGGAAAGUGCCUUUGAGCACAGUAGCAGAUAUAGCUCCGUUUACUUGAAACCACUAACAUGAAAUGCACACAAGACGGUACCUGAUGACCCAGCUCACAAAGCAUACUCAAAAGAUGGUGACAGUAGCUUACAAAAAAAAAUUCCUUGUGGCCAACAUGCACGUGUGAUUUAUGGCACAAGGAAAUCGCUUUGACAGAAUCUAGAGUACCGUGAACAUCUAUGUGCCGCUGUCGACAAAGAAAUCGUACAACUUAGCGCUGAGUGAAACACAUUAUACCUUGUUCCUGCUUUCGUGUGGAGUUGGCAUGAUUCAAGCUUGUAUGCUUAGUUUGGGCCUACUUAACAAUUGGCGAUUAGAUAUGCAACGGUGCGAAAUACUGUACUGUUCUCUUUCAAAUACUCUGCGACAGUACCUGUGGUAGAACCUCAGCAAACCAUUUCAGAAUGAUACGUUCCUUUUUUUCAUUUAUAACAUCGCUAAAGCCCAACACUUUCAGUAGUAUUUCAGUAGUACUACAGUAGUAUUUCAGUGGCGCAGCAUGCUUUCAAGAUGCUAAAAUGUGCGUGUCCAAUCCUGUGAAAAAUGUAUUGCAGAAGACUUACUGUGCUCGCACCUGAAAGACAUCUCGCUGACACAUUUGCUGUGUGGUCGGGAGUAAAGGUUCCUCACGACUACUUGGGUCGGAGGUCUUAAACGUGCCACUUGUACGCUUCUCGUGUGCAGCUGAUAGAUGUGCAUAAUUAUUCCAUCACCGCUGCUGCGAAGUUGCCAAAGCUUUAUGCAGUUUCUUCCUAAGUGCACUGUUGCGCGAUUCUAGACAAGCUGGUUGCUGUGUAGAUGAUCUGAAGCAUGAGCCAAGUUUGAGACCUCUGGCCCGAAUUGAUUGUUUAUCUCCUAAAACAACACUUGUACACCCGUGAGUGAAAGUAUAUGGCGCACUUCAGUAUGUAUAUGGUGCACAUCCGGUAUUUAUAUGGUUAGUAUAUGAUACACUUCGGGUAUGCACACGAUUAGUAUGUGGUACAAAUCUGGUACGUAUACGGUACACUUCUGGAAUGUACACGGUUAGUGUACGGUACAGUUCCGGUACAUAUACGGUUAGUAUGCAAUACACUUUUGGUAUAUAUACGGUUAGCAUAUGGUACACUUCGCAUGCAUAAGCUGCUAUUGAAAGCAACGCUUUGCCCAAGACGCAUCCAUUGCUUGAUCAAGAGCUUGUCUACUUUCACGCUUCGAUAUUUACUCAUUGGCAUGCACCGCUUGAGGCACGCCAUUAUAGCAAUGAUACUGCUAUCAAGAUAGAAGUGAGACAACUUCAGUGUGGAUGAGCACUUUCGAUGCAACAAAGUGGCAAUGUGCUGUGCUGCAUGAGAAAAUUUACAUGCUAGCCAAUAACAAGAUAAUGUAUUCACAGCCCAGCACUGUUGUUGACGGCAGGUGGUGUGCCGCUGGGUUGCGCAGACAGACAGUUUGACACACUCACAUGGUCCGUGUACUUUCGCUCACGGGUGUACACCAGUCUCCACCCAAAAACAUCUGUUUUACUCAAGCUGGCAACCCGACCAGAGACUGUACUGGUACGAGUGGAUUCAAGUCUUGGGCCAAAUUAAACAAUUCUGUAGACUGGGGCUUGGCAAUGCUACACUGCACUGGUAGUGGCCACUUUGUGAAGUAAUUGGGUGAUUUAGUUAUGUGUCUCCACGUGAAAGUUUUGUUGGCUGUCGUGCCAGGCAACAGCGUGCCGUCUUGUUGGCGUUUCUUGUGGUGGCAAACACUGCUCUUCUGCCUACGUGAUCCUACAAAGCCGACGUGCCCACUUAUGUGACUGAGAAAGCCCUCUUCCGUUUUGUGUGGGCAGAUACUGUAGGUUGAAAAUAA